UGGUCCGCUGUUUAUCUCGGAGUGUAUAAAUGAACAUUUCGCAGAACUGGGCACUGACCAAUUCUUACAACUGAAUCGCGAAGGGUCUAACACCGGCUCAUUACGCCGAAUCGAACUGGAACUGAUCCGUUCGUCUGAAAGGAGAGUUCACCCAUCCAGCCAUGGCUUCCCCGGUUGGCAAAAAGCUCACAGGACUGGUAGCUGCUACCUUCACCCCCCUCACUCCUGAAGGUGAGAUUAAUCUCCCUGUGAUUGGGCUGUACAUUGACUACCUGUUGGAGCAUCAGGGAGUUCGGAACGUGUUCGUGAACGGGACAACUGGAGAGGGGAUGUCUCUCAGCGUGGAGGAGAGGAAGAAACUGGCAGAGGAGUGGUGUGGGAAAGGAAAGGGAAAGCUGGAGCAGGUGAUCGUGCAUGUGGGCUGCAUGAGCCUCAAGGACUCCCAGGACCUGGCGCGCCAUGCAGCUGAAGCAGGGGCUGAUGGGAUAGCAGCCGUGUCUCCCAGUGUGUUCAAGCCCUCAGAUGCAGGUGUGCUGAGGCAGUUCCUGCAGGAAGUGGCUGCUGCAGCUCCGGACCUGCCCUUCUACUACUACCACAUCCCGGCGCUGACCGGGGUCAGCUUGUUAGCCAGGGAUGUCCUGGAUGGGAUAGAGAAGCAGAUUCCCUCCUUCCGGGGGUUGAAGUUCAGUGGUGGUGACCUGCUGGACUUUGGCCAGUGUGUCAGUUACUGUCCGUCGGACUGGUCAGUCCUUUACGGCGUGGAUGAGCAGCUGCUGGCAGGUCUGGUUAUGGGUGCCAAUGGUGCAGUGGGCAGUACAUACAACUACCUGGGAAGCAGAGCACGUAGCCUGCUGACAGCCUUUGAAACAGGAGACCUCACUCAGGCUAGAACCUUACAGUUCCAGGUUCAGGACGUUAUUUCCUACGCAGUGAAGUUGGGCUUUGACGUGGCGGUCAACAAGAGGCUGAUGAGCGAGGUUUCGGGACUGGACCUGGGCCCCCCCCGUCUGCCCCUGAGGCCCUGCCCCCACCCCCGGGCCGUCUCCAUCGCGCAGAGGCUCCGAGAGGGCGCCCCGGCCGGGCCCGUCCCGUGCCAGAAUCCGAAAAGGGACGGGUGAAGGACCCACGCGUCCGCGCCUCGGUCCUCCGCGGGGGUCCUCCCGCGCCGCUGUGCGCUUACGCAACGCAAGCUCCUGGCGGAUGGUGCAGCCGGGGCAUUUUUUUUAACGCUUUCUCAGUGUGUUUAGAUAGACAUUAAUCCCUUUUUUUUACCGUAUGAAACUGGCCGUAUUUGUGCCAGAGCUGACUCAUCCACUCCGCCCACACGAGUUCCACCCUGUGUUUCUGAAUGGCUUCAGGCGCACGGCGUCCCCGCCGCAAACAUUUCGAGCGUCGGUUAGACGGCUGGUCGAGCGUCGGUCGCGUCGGUUGAUAAGACGACGAUUAGUGGGGCGAAAAAAGAAAGUUUUCUUGACGUCUGUAAUUUUGAUGAAACACUGAUCUGUUGCAGAAGCACUGACCUGUGGGUAUAUUAGCGGUCGCAUCACGACUCCACAUCGAUCAGCCUCGUGUCCGCGGCGUAGAUCGACAGAUUGUUUUGGGGGGGAGUGUUGGUUGUCGUAGAAACACAGCCUUGCCUAAGUAGAGAGAAAAUAGAUCGAACCGGGCAGUGUUUCCAGUGAAGGACCUCUUCUUGAAGCCAGUAUGUUUCUCUCAGGUGCAAAAGGUCCUACAUUUCAGAACAUUACAGCACUUUAAUAGGUAGGUAUUUUUAUGUAAUGAGUGCUCAUUGUUUACUGACCAACAAACACAAAUUGCCAGUAUUUUUUAAAUUCUGCUCUUUUUACCUGACAAAUACAGGGCUUCUUAAAAACUUGCGUUAAAAAAAAAAAUGUCUUCCCUAUGUAUAGAUGUGGAAUCCUCAAGUCAUCCUAGUUUCCUUUUCCUGGUGUUGUUUGUUUGUAUUUACAAUUCAUACAGUAUCACCUCCGACAUUAAUUUAAAUUGUUUCCAUGGGUGGAUCUUCAUAAAAGCCAUAUAACUCCUUCGUGCAUACAAAACGAGUUUUCAUAAGCAAAGACAUUCGUGACUACUUACUUCAUUGCCAAAAGGUAUUUGGUGUGUGUUUGUUACUUACAUCAAAGCAAAUAGGUAUUUGGUGUGUGCUUGUUAUUUGGCAUAUCAUUGUAAUGUCAUUGUAAUGACACAACAUGCCUUAUGGAGUUGCUCAUAUAGCAGUGCUUAUUAAGUGGCUAUGUCAUGCUUAUGAAGGAGCUACACAGCUCUUAUGAAGCAUCACCCUCAAAGAAAGUGUUACGUGUUUUUCAUUAUCCCUGUUUUCUUUUGUACCUCUUUUUUUCGUCUGCUUUGUUUCCUCUGUUACGUUUUCCCUUUCCUGUUUCUCUAUGAGCUCUGGAAUCUGGAGGUUUUUGGACUGUGGCCUUAGGAAACCGUUAAAAAAUAAAAGAAAAACAUGUUUAUAACUCAA